CAAAGAUACUCUCUGCACCCUCUACACAUCUUCUUUGAGAAACUCACAACAAAAUAGCUCUUGUAACAAAACCAAUUCAACCAGCUGUUUUCAGUUCCAUUUGGGCUAGGUAGCAUGAUAUUUCAUUAAAUCAACGAGUCCUGUUUCAAAAACGUUUCAAACACUUGACAUUACGUAUCCAAAAUUUCAUUUUCUAUGUAGAAAACUUGAAAAUAUCGCUGUAUUCAAAUAUCCCAUUUCUCCGUGUUCGUGGGCCCGUGAUAUAGAGCAUUUGGAUCAUUUAAUAUGGAGUGAUUUGACAGAUUAUAGUUAUUGAUUGUGUUUCAGGCGGCGAAAGAAGCAUGGCGGAGAAGAGAACAGCUAAUAAAGAACUGCUAAUAACAGUCCCAAGAAAUGAGGACCUAAAAGACUCAGCUACUGGGUUAACAAAAACGAGUCCGAGUCCCGGUAAGCCCCCAAAAAUCCCACAUAUUGAUUCAUUAGGCGGCGAAAGCAGCACGGCAGAGAAGAGAACGGUUAAUACAGAAAUGCUAAUAACAGUCCCAGACGAUGAAGACCUAAUUGCCUCAGCUACUGGGUUAGCAAAAAUGAGCCGAAGGCCGAGUUCCAGUAAGCCCCCAAGAAUACCAGUACCUGAUGAAAAUAUUCUGACUCGAAGAAGAACUAUGGCAAGGUCAAUGUAUUCAAAACCGAAAUCAAGAUUUGGAGAGCAGCCACUUCUUGUUGAUGCUUCUGUACUCGAAGAUGAUAAUUUAGCUCAUAUUGAAGAACAUAUUUCUAGAAACUCAUCUUUCAGGAGGUCAUUGAGUAGAGGAUCAUAUAAUAGCAAAUCUAGUCAUAAUUCUUUUAUUCGGACAAACAUCGCUCCGCAAGCAACAGUAGGACUUUCCGAACGUGUCAGUGACGAGGAUGACGACGAUGUGGAGGAUGUUGUCAAGAAAGUUCAAUCUUUAAAAGAUAAUAACAAGAAAUUAGGUUUUAAAGUUGUUAUGCAAUGGAUUAUAUCUAUUUGCCUUUUGGGUUUCUUGAUUGCAAGUUUGACUGUUGAGAAGCUUGAGGAAUAUAAGAUUUGGGGCUUGGAGGUUUGGAAAUGGUGUGUUCUUGUUCUUGUAAUUCUCUCUGGAAUGAUGGUCACUACUUGGUUUAUGAAUUUCAUUGUUUUAUUGAUCGAGAUGAACUUUUUACUGCGAAAAAAGGUUUUGUAUUUCGUUUACGGAUUGAAAAAAAGUGUUCGGGUGUUUUUGUGGAUCGGAUUGGUUCUUAUUGCUUGGGUACUUUUAUUUGAUUCUGACAUGAAGCGUUCUAAAAAAGCUAGAAAUAUUCUGCACGGCAUAACUUAUACUCUUUCCGCGCUUCUUAUCGGAUCAUUUUUGUGGGUGAUCAAGACUUUAUUAUUAAAGAUUUUAGCCUGUAGUUUUCACGUAAACACGUUCUUCGACAGAAUUCAAGAAUCGAUAUUUCAUCAGUAUGUUUUGCAGACACUUUCAGGGCCUCCGCUGAUAGAAGAGGCUGAGAAAAUUGGAAAAUCAAGUACCACGGGUCAACUCAGUUUCAGGAGUACGAAAAAAAGUAAGAAAAAAGAGACUAAAGUGAUUGAUAUGGAGAAACUUUAUAGGAUGAAGCAAGAAAAAGUUUCAGCUGGGACUAUGAAAACCUUGGUAGAUGCAAUCACUCAUUCAAGACUCUGUACACUUUCUGAUGCAUUAAAAGAGAGCGUUUAUGGAAGGAAUACGAAAGCUUAUGAUAAUGAGAUUCACAACGAGAUGCAGGCGAUUGCUGCUGCGUAUCAUAUUUUCAAUAAUGUGGCUAAGCCUGGUUCCAAAUACAUUGAGGAAGAGGACUUCCACAGGUUUAUGAUUAAGGAAGAGGUGGAUCUUGUUUUUCCACUGCUUGAAGCAUCUGAGAAUGGACAAAUUCAGAGAAAAUCUCUCACAGACUGGGUGAUUAAGGUUUACAAUGGUCGUAAAGCACUUGCACAUGCUUUAUGUGAUACCAAGACCGCAGUGAAACAACUGAAUAAAGUUGGGUGUGGAGUUCUAAUAAUUGUGACGAUUUUUGUUUGGAUUUUGUUGCUUGAAAUUACAAGUUCUAAGGCCCUUUGGUACAUCGCAACACAGCUUCUAGUGGUAGCUUUUAUGAUGAAGAAAACUUGUACAACUGUAUUUGAAGCUCUAAUAUUUGUUUUCGUGAUGCAUCCAUUCGACGUCGGUGAUCGCUGUGUUAUUGAUGGCGCAAUCUUGUUGGUGGAGGAAAUGAACAUUUUAACGACAGUUUUCUUGAAACUUGAUAAUGAAAAGGUAUACUAUCCAAAUGCUGUUCUGGCAACGAAGCCAGUCUCCAAUUUCUAUAGAAGUCCUGACAUGGGCGAAGCUAUUGAAUUCUCAAUUGAUUUUGCAACUUCAGUAGAGAAGAUUGGAAUGCUCAAAGAUAAAAUCAAACAGUAUCUGGAAAAUAAUCCCCAGCAUUGGUACGCUGGGCAUGGAUUUGUGGUGAAAGAAAUUGAAAAUGUGAACAAACUAAAAAUGGCUGUAUAUUGCUCUCAAACUAUCAACUUCCAAGAUUGGUCGGUGAAGAGCGGGCGGAGGAGUGACCUCGUUUUUGCUAUCAAGACGAUGCUCGAAGACUUAGGUAUCACGUACUAUUUUCCGCCCCAGCAAAUUCACCUCCGCCAUAUCGGAUCAGAUGCUACAAUUGCCUCCAAAUUUUGAUCAAGUUGUGAUCAUUAUGGCUCAGUUUACCAUUGCAAAUAAGAUCUUGACUAUUCAUUUGUAAAUUAAAUUAGACAAUUGACUGUUUUGAUGAACUGUUUAUUCAAAUAGUCUUGUAUUUAAUAAAUAUAAAACCUUUAUUCAACUACUCAA